UUUCUUUCUUCCUCCCACCCUUCCACUUUCCAUUUCCUUUUCUUUUCGCUUGCUUUCCAAACACAGUACAAACGACUGCACCCCAAUUGUCCAAAAACUCUCUCCCCUAUUUUAAUUUUUUUCAUUUUCUUAAUUUAUUUUUAUUGGUCGUCGGUUAUAAAUAAAACGAGUCCCACCCCCUAAUUUUUCAACCCGAUUUCCUUGUAUCCGUCUCUAAAUUUCGUCAAAAGUUUCAGUAAUUAUUCAAUAUAUAUAGUUUGAUAUUUUCAGAGAAUUCUUAAUCUCGUAGGGACAAAGCGUGACGAACUCAAAUUCUUCCAAAGCUAUUGUUUUAGGACUCAUUGGUGAUUGAGGCCAAGUACGGUCCAUAGUUAUUUUUUCAAGGAUGUAUUUCUUGAAGAUCCGUAGGACUGUGCAUUACUGAAUUAUCUAUAGAUGCUCUGGAGCAUUGCGUGAAGGCUUGCUUUCCAGUAUACUACAAAUAUCAUGUGUUAACUCUUAUCAGUGUCAUAAAGAAUCAGAGCUUCCAGUAGGAAAAUAUUUUCACUGCCUUCACUUGUGCACGUAGAUGGCUAGUAGAAAAAGAAGCAUUUCAAAUGGUUCGGAUAUCCAUGCUCUCCACAAGGAAUGGGAUGAAGCUUCAUGCCCCAUAUGCAUGGACCACCCGCAUAAUGCUGUUCUCCUCAAAUGCAGUUCACAUGCAAAGGGUUGCAGAUCUUACAUUUGUGACACAAGCUACCGGCAUUCAAAUUGUCUGGACCGAUUUAAAAAACUCAGAGCUGAUAACAGGAACAGUCUGUUGACACCUAAUUUAUUACCUUCAAAUCAACAGAGUUCUAUUGAUAUUUCUGAUAGUGGUAGUUUGGGUUUGAGAACUACAAGUGCUUUGAUUGAAGCUAAUGGAGAUCACAAUCUAAGGGAGAACCACACUGUAGCAUCUGUUGGUUUGCCUGGAGGAACUGGUGAAAGUGGAAUCGAUGAUGCAGAUAGGCGUUUGGAAAUGCAAGAAGGCAUGUUUGAAACUCGGAAUUCUGAGUCUUCACUGGGAAGGCUUGAACUUGAAGAGAACAAUGGGGAGAGUUUGCCAGACUCUAGAUUGAGUUUGAGGUGCCCCUUGUGCCGUGGAACUGUUUUGGGCUAUGAAAUUGUAGAAGAGGCCAGAAAGUACCUCAACUUGAAGCCCCGAAGCUGUUCUCGCGAAUCAUGUUCAUUCUCUGGUAACUACAGGGAAUUGUGUCGGCACGCUAGGAGAGCUCACCCAACGGCCCGACCUGCUGACAUUGACCAAUCGAGACUACGAAGUUGGCGACGCCUUGAGCAUCAGAGAGAAUAUGGUGAUCUUGUCAGUGCCAUUCGGUCAGCAAUGCCAGGUGCCGUUGUGCUUGGGGACUAUGUUAUUGAAAAUGGAGAUAGACCACCUGGUGAAAGAGAAAGAGGUUCAGGUGAAGCUAAUGGGCCAUGGUGGACUACUUUUUUCUUGUUUCAGAUGAUUGGCUCUAUGGAUUCUGCCGCUGAGCGAAGGGGAAGCAGGUCAAGAGCUUGGACAAGACACCGACGCUCAACAGGAGCUUUAUCUGGACGCAGGUUUCUAUGGGGUGAAAAUCUGUUGGGUCUACAAGACGAUGACGACGACGAUGAAGAUGAUGAUGACCUCGACUUGAAUAUAUUAAGUGACAUGGGCGAAGAUGUGUCUCCAAUCCCAAGAAGGCGUCGGCGGUUGACACGUUCUAGGUCAGAUGAAGACGAGUCGUAAGAUUGUCAGCACUUCCUGCGUUAUGCAGACUGCCCUUUAACAGCCAGGACUCUUUAUGUGAGUUGGGAGCCCUGAUGCCGAAAUCCAUUAGCUCAACCAGCGAAGGGUGAACAGAGAAAGGUACGGAUGUAGAUCAGUUCAUUUGAAUGGGGGUUUCUUGUCUGUUGUGCGAGGGCUACUUCAUUCCUGGAAAAGGGUACAGAGAAUACAAGAAAAGUGGAUUUGUCACCUAGAACUGGGAUUAGAUGGCAGUCUUAAGAGUCUUAACUUCAGAACUAUAUGAAUUUCUAUUCAGAUUUGAUGUCUAAUAGUCAUUGUUGAACUCAUGUUAUUUGCACCUCUCUCCCUCCCUCCCCUAAGUGGGUGAAAGAGGUGGUGUUUGUCUUUGCAGCACAAUCAUGCAGUUGUAUUUAUGGCUUUGAGAAUAAAAUUUAAAUAAUGUGCUAGUUGUUGCU